CAGUCCCUACAUAGCCUUGAAAAUCAUCAUUGAAGGAUAAUACUCUAAUGAGCCGAAGCCGAAGGAACAUUAGUCCUUUGCGAAAAAUGCUCUUCUUCCCCUUCUUAUUUCUGCUAGUAUGCAAUUGCAUAGCUGAAUCAGCUGACCCGUUAGGCCAAUUCUGCAACCGAAACUCGAAUAUCAGCACUGGCAGCCAGGUCUCUGCAAACAUCGAUCGUUUGCUACCCCAGCUAGUCUCGAAGACCGAAUCCGAUGGCUACAUCGCCACCUCAUAUGGUGAGGACAAGGACAAGGUGUACGGCCUCGCACAAUGCCGAGGGGACGUGAGCCGCGAUGACUGCUCGAGCUGUAUCCAGGACGCUGCGAAGCAGAUCCGUCAACUAUGUCCAAACCAAGCCGAUGCCAGGAUCUGGUACGACUACUGCAUCCUCCGGUAUAGCCUAGAGAAUUUCUUCAGCAAGGUCGAUACAUCAUUCGGGAUAUUCUACUACAAUGUCGAUAACGUGACUGAUCCCAAAACUUUCAACAAGGAGUUGGGUGAUCUAAUGGACCGGAUUGAAUCACAAGCUGUCAGGCCUAAGAAUGGAGGACUUGGGAAAGGCGAGAGCAAGCUCUCACCAUUUAUCACGCUCUACGCUCUGGUUCAGUGCACGAGAGAUUUGGCUCCGUUGAGCUGCGCCCAGUGCCUCGCAAUCGCAGUCGGGAACUUCCCAAACUUCUGCGAUGAUCGGAAGGGAUGUCGGGUCUUAUACAGCAAUUGUUACGUCCGAUACGAGCUUUACCCGUUUUUCUUUCCCCUCGACACGAAUAGUACUCAAGUAGAGUCAAUAGCGAGCGUAAUGAGAGUAGUUUCUCCUUAGACUUGCAUCAUCUAUCCUGCUUAAUAUUUCCUCUUUCUAUGUUUCACGUAGACAAUAGUAAGGGCAAUUCGCGAUUA